UUUGUAUACACACAAAUAAGAGUGCACGAUACCGUUGUACUUCCCAACUUUUGGUUUGUCAUUUUCAACGAAUCUGGUAACUAUCUCUUCAGACUGGAUUAGACGGACGGGGCGAAAUGGCGGACAGUCCGGUAGAUGUGUCUCCGGAAGAUCAUUUCAAGUACAUGAUCGAGGUCUACGAGCCGUUCCUUGUGCAGCAUCUUGACUGUGUUGAGUUGCUUCCGUAUAUGUCUUUUCUGAGAGAAUCUGCAGCACGUAUUCGGAAGCUGAAGAGAAGUGGUAAGCCAGUCCAGUCAGCAGAAUUGUUUUUUGCAAGUCUUAAAGAGUCAGAUGAAGAAGGUCGAUACGCAGCCUUCAGGGAUGCAUUGAAUGAGGCUGAUCAAGAAAUUGUUAAAACAGUUCUUGAAGGUGGCAGCAUUGAUGAUUAUCAUGAUGAAAAUAGGAAACUCAUUGAACUAUUCUCUAAGCCUAUUUCUGAGAGACUGGAUCCAAUUACAAUGAUGCAACUUCUCAGAGGGAAGGAUAUACUGACAGAAAGAGAUGAAAGUGAAAUAAAACAUGUAACUUCUCGAUUUGAGGCAGUGCUGAUGUUAUUGCACUGUGUAUUCCGACGGAAGAUAGGUUGGUAUAAUACAUUUAUGGCUGUGAUGUAUGAACUGAACCCAGACCUUGUGGAAAUGGUGGAUCCUGAAUUUGUAGAAAAGCACAAGGCACAUCAGCGCACCUCGGAGAAACAGAUAGAGUCCGAUGAUGACAUGGUGAUGGGAAUAGAGGAACCUCCCAUGGAAGUUACGGGAGAUGGCUGCUAUUCAAUGGACAACAUGGCUGCCAAUGAUCCAGGCAGUGGUGACUCCAUGAUGGCUGACAACUGUGGAGAGAAGAUACUGUCCCAGGCAGGGCUCAAAGAAGAGGAAUUACAUACUCAAAGGAAACUGUUUCCUGGUAAUUCAUCUAACUCCCUUCCACAAAACAUCCCUGGAGACUUGCAGAAUAACUUGAGCGAUGAACAGCAGGGUAUGAAAUCUGCCAAGUCUAUGACAGAGUUCAAGGACAUUCCAACUGAUGAGACGUCCGUUCAAAGUGAGCACACAAGUGUAAAGCUUAUGGAGACCAGUGAUGCAGACCUAUCAGAUGGGGCAGGCGAUACCAGCAACAUAGAACACAUGUUCACUCCCCCCACCACAGCGGAGCCCAGUACCCCUGCCACACCACUCUUGCUCCGCCCCUACCAGGAGGAACUAGCUGAAGCUGCCCUGAAACGGCAUAACACCAUCAUCUGUGCUCCAACUGGAUCGGGGAAGACGUUUGUGGCAGCAAAAAUAAUGCGGGAGCAUCUUAAGAAAGGAGGGGUGAGGAAGAUCAUCUUCUUUGCCAACCAGGUGGCUCUGGUGGAUCAGCAGUUCAAGGUGAUAAAGGAGCACCUGCCCCGUGAUCUCCGCAUCCAGCGACUGAGCAGCGACACACAGGAGGCUCUCAGGGUUCCUCUCCGUGAACUUGUAAAACGGAACGACAUCCUGUUCAUGACCCCCCAAAUCCUGGUGGACGCCCUGAGAAUGAAGGUCACUGGCAUCUCCAGCCUGUGUGAGUUCACCAUGUUGGUGUUUGAUGAGUGCCAUCACACCAACUCCAGACAUCCCUUCAACAGAAUAAUGUUCAGCUAUAUGGAUCUCAAACUGGAUGAGUCCAUUGAGGAUGACAGGAGGCAGCUGCCUCAGAUCGUGGGCCUGACAGCAUCUGUGGGUGUAGGGAAGGCCAGGAGUAUCCCAGGAGCAGUGGAGCACAUUCAGAAACUCUGCUCCAAUCUGGACGCCCUUGGCGGAGUAUCAACAGUCAGGCAGCAUGAAGAGGACCUUGCUAAACAUGCGCGGACAGUUGGAGUCGAUGUGGUGAAGACCGACAAGCGGAGAGAGGACAAGUUUAGAAAUGUGAUAGCUUCCAACCUGAUGGAGGUCAUCGAGAAAAUGAUUGUCCAGCAAGACAAGGUCAGUCUGGUGCAAGACCGACCCCGACUGUUAGCGUCCCUGAAGCAGCCAGUGGAGCGGGGUGGGGAAAAGUACACCAUCUGGGUGAGCACCCUUAAGAGGGAGGUGGCCAACAUUGACGAUCAGAGUGUCCGCAGAUUCUUCUUUUCAUGUCGGAGAAUGUUGGAGUUGUACAACAAAGCAUUGGCCAUCAACGAGGAUUGCCGGACACUGGAUGCACUCAGUUAUCUGGAGAAAGAGAUAGAGGCUCUCUACUCAUCCAGUGUGGUGAUGGAUGUCACUGACCACAAGCUUAAAGAGCUCUUUGAAAAACUAAAGCCUGUUCUCCUUGACGCUGCUCAGAGUCCUGACUGUGUCAACCCAAAGCUGACGUCACUAUGUGUGAUGAUCAUGAAGGCAUUUGAAACCCAGCAGGAUUCUCGCUGUAUGGUGUUUGUGAAGACACGAGACUUGGCGAUGGCCCUGAAGCGCUGGAUGGAGGAUGACCAACAUCUCUCCUACCUCAAGCCAGGCAUGUUCACUGGACAGAAUGCUUCUGCUGACAAAGGAGGUAUGACCAGGAAUGAGCAGGUGGAUGCUGCAGAGCUGUUCAGGAAAGGAAAUCACAAAAUCAUUGUUGCAACGUCCGUGGCGGAGGAAGGCAUGGACUUCAGCAAGUGCAACUUGGUCAUCCGAUAUGAAUAUGUCACCAAUGAGAUUGCCUUGGUACAAGCUAGAGGCCGAGCAAGAGCAGAGGACAGCAAGUUUGUCCUGUUUACCAGCAACCAGCAAGGGGCUGCUGAGAAAGAGGAGCUGAACCUCAUCAGGGAGAUGAUGAUGAAUGAAGCCCUGGUGCGUCUCCAGGCCACCAUAGCAGAAAACCCUCGCCGAUUCCGUUCUGAGAUCCUCCAGCUCCAGAAAGAAGCCAAAUCUGCUCGGGAUCAUGAGGCCAUUAAUCGCAAAGGUCGUUAUCUCAGUGAUGACGAGUUUGAAAUACGAUGUCAGAAAUGUAACCAGUUGGCCUGUUUUUCUACUGACAUCCGCACAAUCAAGGAGACCAACCAUAUUGUCAAUGACCCUGACUUUGGUACCAAGGUCAAUGUCAAACCCCACCCAAAGCCUGGUAAUAUGGGGUUGGAUAUGAAGAAGCACAGUAAAAUCUUUUGCAAGAAAUGUGGAUUGGAUUGGGGAAUUGGUGUAAUUUACAAAAAUGCUGAUUUCCCUGUUAUCAAGAUUGAAAGUUUUGUUGCCAUAGAUACAAUGGGUCGAAGAGACUCUCCGAGGAAAUGGAAAAAUGCUCCUUUUGAGGUGCCUGAGAUUUCCCAUGAUGAAAUGACCAACUACAAACCUUUCAUCGCUUAGAAUGGGAAGGCGUAGCCAAGUGGUUAGAGUGUACACUCAUCACUCAGAAAGUCCUGGUUUGAUUCCCUGCAAGGGUAGGAUAAAUCUAGACUGUUUUUGAUACCCUCCACUAUGAUAUUGCUGGGAUAUUGAUAUAAUUUAAAAUGUUACUGGCACCCAAAACGUUUAAUUCGGUAGUUCAGGCCCAUGAUUAAGUGUUAACUUGACAGAAAACCUAUGUUUGACUCCUGAUGCACAAACACAUAGUUUUCAAAUGGUGUUGCAAAAUACAUGUACAGUAUCACUGAACUCCACUGAAUCUGUGGGCAACAGAAUAUGUGAAGUCCUGGAAUGCUAUACUUCAGGGGCGGAUACAGCUUUUUGAGAAAGGGGUGUGUGUGUGCACACUAUUGAGAAAAGGAGGGGUUUCAAUGAUGAUUUAAUACACUUUCAGGACAAAAUCCACCUAUGUAUUUAUUUAAUGGAGGGUAAAUGAUGAGCAUGCUUUACUUUUCAUUUUCAUGUCUACUAUCGAUAGUGUACCCAGAGACUGAUGUUCACUAACGAAACUUGCCAUCAUUGGGCUGAGGAUAUUUGCAGUACAGUAAUAGUUGGGUCUAGCCGUGAAGAUUUGGGUUAGAAUUGGUUUUCAGUAGCCCGUGCUUGUCGUAAGAGGUGACUAACGGGACAGGGUGGUCAGGCUCGCUGAUUUGGCUGACA